AUGGCGCCCAGCUCGAAAUCUGAAAAAGAUGACAACAAACAAAAACAGCAGAGAAAACACAAAGACCACAUCGUCAAACUUCUCACACGCGGACAGCUGUCUGGUCAGCUCUCACAGCGCUUGUUCCGGAAGCUUCCUCCGCGGGUCUGUGUCCCCCUGAAGACCAUAGUUAGUGAAGAAUUUCUCAGAGCAGGGCACAUCUUUCUGGGCUUUACCAAAUGUGGACGUUAUGUGCUCUCCUACACCAGCGACUGUGGAGAGGACGAUGAUUUCUCCUUCUACACCUACCACCUUUACUGGUGGGAAUUUAACCUGCACAGCCGCCUCAAACAGGUUCACCAUGUGCGUCUGUUCGCGGGGGAGGACAUCUACAGUGACCUGUAUCUGACUGUGUGCGAGUGGCACAACGACAGCUCCAAAAUCGUCAUCUUCGGCUUCAAUACCCGCAGCACCAGUGCAGCUCUGAUGAACAUGAUGAUGAGUGAUGAGAAUAACAGAGAUAUUUACAUCACCAUCGCAUCCAUGCCCCCAUCUCAACCCUGUUCACAGUGUAAUCCUGUACCCUCUAUAUCUACUAUACGUACAGGUAACGGAGAGUGUUUAGAGCAUGGCUAUGUGCUGAAUGCUCGGUAUCAGGUGGUCUAUCCAUUUCCCACCUUCCAGCCGGCGCUGCAGCUGAAGAAAGACCAGGUCAUUCUGCUCAACACCAGCUACUCUCUGGUGGCCUGCGCUGUCACACUCUGUCAAGGUACAGAGAAGCAGCAGGGUCAGAUCCUGUACAGAACGCGAGCCCCCCCCUCUGCCGUUAAUCCCCCUUGUCCUUCCUCACCCACCUCCUCUCCCUCACCAUCCUCAUCCUCCUCCGACCAGCCGCAGGCUCCCUCUAAGCCACACCCCUCCCCUCUCUCUCCCACCCAAUCACAAGCCGCCAUGCGCGCGCGCGAGUUUGCGGCGGACAUUUUCAGACGGGCGCAGGGCGGAGGGGUGGAGGGAGAGAGAGCACCGAGGAGGAGAGAGAGCGAGGGAGGAGAGAGGAGGGAGGCGGAGGAGAGAGAGGAACAACAGAGGAGAGAAAGAAAGGAGGAAACGGCUGCCGACAGUCGGACCGGAGCGAAUCUCUCUUCCUCCGGUAGGAACCAAAGUGUGACGCAGCCCGCGGAGCCGGAGGACAGUAUUUUGCGUCACGCCGUGGCGUCCCCUUCCUCCUCUACCUCGUCCACGUCCCACGACGUCCCGUCGACUUUGCCCUCGACGUCAGAGCCGGGCUACGUCAACUACACACGCCUCAGAUACCGCCUGCAACAGCCUGGAGCACCUGAACAGGAGAACGUGGAGGAGGAUGAUAAAGUGCAGUUGCCUUUUACUGUGUCCGAUCUGAGGGGGCGAAACCUCCAGCUGGUGACCGGACAGUACCAGGGCCAGUGUGUGUGUGUGGAGCAGCUGACGCUGGACUUUGAGUAUCUGAUUAACGAGGUGAUCCGCACCGAUGCAGACUGGAGCUCUCACUUCUGCUCCUUCAGUGACUAUGAUGUCGUUAUCUUAGAGGUGUGCCCAGAGACAAACAUUGUGGUGAUAAACAUCGGCCUGCUGCUCCUGGCCCUCUCAGGCUCAGAAGAGGAGCAGUGCAGGCCUAAGUCAUACCACUCCAGUCUGCUGGUGAGUUGGGAUCUGAACACGGGCGCAUGUCGCACUGUGGGUGUGGGUGAUUUGACAGAGGUCAAAGGUCAGACCAGUGGCAGUGUGUGGUCCUCCUACAGGAAGUCCUGUGUAAAUACAGUCAUGAGGUGGCUGGUACCAGAGAGCAGUUCUCGCUACAUCAAUCGCAUGACCAAUGAGGCUCUGCACAAAGGCUCGUCGCUGCAAGUUCUUGCAGAUAGUGAUCGUGCAACAUGGAUUGUUCUCUGAGAAAGAGAGAGUGAACAACAGAGAG